UCGUUUUAGUAGUAUUUUACAUUGAAAAAAAAGUUCUAGUUUCAUUUUCUUAGUAUGGUGAACAGUGCAGUUUAGGUUAUUUCCAUGAAUGGAAUGGCUACCAGUAAAAUGUUUGGUAGAUCACAAAUUGAUGCAUCUGAUGCGUUACAUGAAUUUUCAUGCUCUCCAUGUUCGGAAGAUGGCAAAAACUCGGAGGCAUGGUAUCAUUGCAGCAUAUGUCAGGCGUUUUAUUGCCAAAGAUGUGUUGAUGUUCACAACAAGUUUACAAAGAAUCACAGUGUCAGUGACAAAACUUCGGAUACAUUCGGACAAGAAUUCGGAAAAUCGGCGAAACAAAAUUCCAACGAUUUGCCAACAGAUGUAUGCGAGGAACACCAUGGGGAGGUGGUGAAAAUGUUUUGCGGACACCAUAAUCAUGUGUGCUGUACCGUUUGUAUCGCUGUGAAACACAGGUCAUGCGAUGGAGUAGAAUACAUUCCAAAUAUUGCAAGUGGAUUGAUUAAGAGUCAGGAAAAGGAUAAUAUCAAAAUUUCUCUUCAAAAAGUAAAGGCCGAUCUGAAAAACCUGAAAUCCAAAGUGGAGAAUGACAUAAAACGCUUAGAUAAGCAGCGGGAUGAUAUCAUUGAUAACAUACAAGAGUUUAAGAAACGUAUUAUCGCUAGAGUCGAAGAAUUGGAGAGAAAGUCAUUACACGAGUUAGAGUCUAAACACAAAGAGCUAACAGAGAACAUAAACGCAUACAACAAGCAGAUUGGUGGCCUUCUGAAAGUUAUUGAUGUACGACUGCACAAACUCACACAUGCUAAGGACGACAAUAAAGCCCAGACCUUUGUUGACGUGAAGAAUGGAGAGAAAGAGUUAUCGGAAGGAAAUGAUCUCGCGAAACAAACUGCGAGAGAUGCGAAAUCCAUGGCAUUUAAGAUGAAUACAGACAUUGAGGAGUACCUAAGUAAGAAUCAAUCCCUUGGGACCCUACAAGAAUACACCAGUGGUGUUAAUAUUGUAUGUCCUGUUGAAACAAGGAUAACGAGCGCAUUUAUAAGUGAGCUUCAAUCACAGUUGCAGAGCUAUGAUAUACAGUCAGAAUGCACCAAGGCUUCAGAGAUAGUUGCAGAUCGUUACACAAUUGUACUAUGUGAGCAUGACUCCUCCGAUGCAGCAAUAAAACAUACUACAGGUAUCCAGGAAAAUACAAUUAUACUGAUGAGACUGUGUAAAGAAUAUGUUCCUUAUUUAUUAACUUGUCUGAAGGCAAAAGUUAAAGGAAACUUUCGGAUUGAAUAUGUAGAUAACAAAUCUUCUAUUUCAUUUGCUGAACGCAACAAACGAAUAUACGAAUCAAUUUCAAAUAUUGUGAUGGGCCAUGAUUAAAAACUAUUUUUUUUUCAAAAUACUUUUUCUGUUUUACAACAUACUUUCUAUCUGAACAUGUAAUCAUGCAAUUCAAAACAAGUAAAUACAGAAACGUUACCGUUGGUUUAGUUUUCAAGCUGAACUGGACACGAAAUACUUAAAACAUCUUUAUGAAGACAUUAAUCGCUACAUGUAUUACAACUUUUUCAUGUUUUUGUACGUAGUAUAUGCACUGUACAAUAUUGUCAAUAUUGUGAAUAUCAAACUUGAAAAACAAUCAAAAAUUGGCCAACAUGAAUUACAAAAACGUCAGGAGACACUAAUUGCAAGGCAAGAAACACUGAUUGCACGAAAAGCCAGGAAAGCCAGGAAACAUCAAUUGCACGACAAGCCAGGAAACAGUAAUUGCACGGCAAUUCAGGAAAUAAUUAUUGCACGAUGUGACAAAGUAACCAUUUUAUUAUGGACAGCUAAAUGCAGUUGAACGUCAUUUUUUAAAUGAAAUAGAAAAUGUUAUUGAUUAAUUCAGGCGCGUCUGACCGAAUGUAAGAUAUGUUUGACUGCUGGACUCCGAGUUUAUUAGCUCACCUGAGCCAAAGGCUCAGGGUGAGCUAUUGUGAUCGCUCACCUUCCGGCGUCCGUCCACACUUUCCGUUAAACACAUCUCCUAAACCACCAGUUCAGUUUUGAUGAAACUUCAAAAUUGUUCAAAUAAUUAAUUCCACACAGUAAAGAAAAACUUAAAAAAAUUCUUGUCCAAAACGGCAAGGUGUAGAACCUCGAUAUUUGGCAUGUACAUCAUCUAAUGGUCCACUAUGAAAAUUAUUCAAACUAUGCCUCUGGAAUGAAAGGAUGUCCCGCCCUGGGCAGUGAUUUGUUUUGAAAAAAAUAAUGGUGCCUAUGCCCGCUGAAUUGGGAAAAUAAGCGCGAUAAUGCCCAAAAUUUGGAAAAACAGAAAAUUUAAUAUGUUUAAUUUCCAUACUAAGUGAUAUAAAUCUCUACAUUUCCUAACUGAAUGUUGUUUGAAGGGUUUACAAUUUUUCAAAACCUUUUUUGGACUUAAAAUCGUGAAAUUUAAGGGUAGUAAACUUAAUUAAGACACCAAUACAACUUAUAAAAAUUGUAUUUUUCAAUUUUCAGUUCAUGUCCUUGAAAUUUGAAAACGUCCGAAAUCACUGCUGGGGUCCCAGAUUUUACAUAGACUUGUAUAGGAAAAAAACCUUAUAAAAAUCUUAUUGUUUGAAACCACAUGACCUAGGCCUUUGAUAUCUGUUAUGUAGCAUUGUCUAGUAGUCCUGUACCAAGAUUGUUUAAAUUAUCACCCGGGGGCGAGGGGGGUGGGGGCGCCCUGCCCCGGGGAUCCCAAGUGUAACAUAGACUUAUAUAGGAAAACCUUUAAAAAUAUUCUUGUCUGAAACUGCAAGGCCUAGGCUUUUGAAAUUUGGUAUGUUGCAUUGCCUAGUGGUCUUCUACCAAGAUUAUUCAAAUUAUGACCCUGAUUUGAAAAGAGGCCCCCACCCAGUGGGUCCGAAGUUUAACAUAGGCUUAUAUAGGAAAUAAAAUUUAAAAAUCUUAUUGCCUGAAACUGCAAGGCAUAGGCUUUUGAUAUUUGGUAUGUUGCAUUGCCUGGUGGUCUUCUACUAAGAUUGUUCAAAUUAUGCCCCUGGGGUGAAAAGAGGCCCUGCCCUGGGGGGUCACAAGUUUUACAUAGACUUAUAUAGGAAACAUUUUUAAAAGCCUUGUCUGAAACUUAAAGACCUAGGUCUUUGAUAUUUGGUAUGCAGCAUUGCCUAGUGGCUCUCUAACAAGAUUGUUCAAAUUAUGCGCUUUAAAUGAAAAGAGGCCCCGCCCCGACGGUCAGGUUUUUAUGAGUUAUACAGGAAAAAAGUACAAAAAUGUACUUCAAAAAUUAUCAGAUCAUAUUUCCUAGACUGUUUUUUUUUAAGGUACAGCCUCGAAAUUUGGAUGUCAUGUACAGUUUUGCACACCGAUCUUAAAACUUACUUUCGGUGACCAUGAAUGUGACCUACUGGCCUACUUUCUUAAUAUUUUAGCAUCAGUUUGACAUUUGAAACAUGUAGCUCAUAUUACUUAGGUGAGCGAUCCAGGGUCAUCAUGACCCUCUUGUAAUUGUGUAUAGUGUUUAUGUUUAAUUUAUUAUCAAGAUGUCAACGUUUUCAGUUCUACACGAUAAUAUAUGGUGUACCAUUUGGGUCGAAAGUGUGCUUUGCGUGCGUGCACAUUUUAAAUUAUACGUGCACGUAUGACAAUAUGCGUGCACGGGUAAAUAUAUAUGUCUACCUGUCAAUUUUGAUACGUGCACGCGUUUAUAUGUAACUGAACGCUUAUAUGUACGUGCGCGUGUAUAUAUACGUGCACUUGUAAUUACGCGUGCAUGUAUAGAUUUAUGCGUGCACGUCCAAAUAUGCGUGCACCUACAUAUUUACACGUGCAGGUAUUAAAAUAUACACGUGGACGUAUAAAUUUACACGUGCACACACAUUCUAGUCGCACUUAAAGACACUGAUUCUGAUAUGCGAGCUAUGUCGCCUGUGGGGAUGAUACAGUCUGCGUAUUGGCGGUAAGGGCCAAUAUACAAGACUGGACCAUUGAUAGACUAGCUUCUGUUCAUCAUAAUAAGCUACUGUAUAGCUACUGUAUAUAGAGUGCAUGUGAUAUUUCUCACCUUUAUAGCAAACCAGGGCCCAUAUUCAUAAAACAUCUUAAGUAUAAGUCUUGACUUAAGUUGAAGAUUUUACUCAAGUUUGUGGUGAUUUCAGCAUAAGUCUAAGUCAAAAACUUAAAUCUUAUUCAUAAAACAGCUUAAAAUUAAGAUACGUAAAAGUGACGGGCGUGGACGGUAGCAUGCAUUUUAACUACCGUCCAUGAACAGGCUCAAUCAAACCGAGCCUGCAACAUUUUCGUUUUUGUUGUGUUGAGCGACCUGUGGAGUUUCCACUUUUUCUAUUUCAGUAGGGUCAAUUGUUUGCUUAAAGUUAAGUCACCUAGCACUCUGUCUUAUCUUUUUUAGCUAAGAAUUACUUAAGUUGUUUUAUAAAUAACAAAUAUACUUAAGUAAAAUAAAUUUCUUACCUAAGAAAUACUUAAGUAAAUAAUCAAUAACUUAUACUUAUACUUAAGAUGCUUUAUGAAUACGGGUCCAGUUCUCACCUUUAUAGAAAGCCUGAUUAAAUUAGGGCUAAACAAACAAAGUGAUAAGAUACAAUAGUAUUUUUUUUAAUAAAUCAAGUUUUAUUACAAUAAUAUCUCAUUAUUGAUGAUAGAUAUAACAACUACGACUUUCUGAUUAUAUCUCUAUUCAAACUCUGAUCAUAAACAAAACAUACGGAUAUGACGUCGCAGACGUUACGUAGAAAAUGGCGUCAAAGUAUACAUAGCGUUAACGUGAAUCAUUGUACUAUAAAUUUCCGACACUGGGGGCCUUAAAAUGAAUACUUACUAUGAAAUGUAAUGAUUAAAUUAUUUCAAAAAACGCAGUUAAUAGUAAUGUUAAUUACUUGAAUAUCAAAACAUUGAGAAAUUUCUUCAAAUAACAUUAAAGUGUCUUUGCAUUCCAUUUCUGAUAUGCUUGUUUAGCACAGAUCAAAUUGACUGAAAUUUCAUGUUAAAAUCUACUUAUUUCCCGUCCAUGAAUAAUAUCACUAAUGAAAAUCACUGACUAGUCUCUAAAUUUCGCAGAUUGUCACACGAAAAAGUCUUUAUUUCAGAAUUAUCUCAUUGUGAAAUAUUAGUCUUUAAAUAUGUUUGAAUGCACGAUGAAGUGUCUAUUGAUUGUCUCUCAUUAAUCUCGAGUGGGUAAAAUUUUACUAUUUGUCUGGUAGUAGGCCCAUAACUGGUACGGAUCUUCGCAGCUCGCACACGCCCAUUUCCACCAGGAAUAAGUUCCUUAACAACUGCGAGUUUCCACCGUACUCUGGGAACGUCAUCAUGCACCUGCACAACAUCGCCUGCUCGUAUCAUCUGCUGAUUGCUGCCGGUUUGCGUAUACAUGUCGUUCUCGUAGUGACGUCAAAUAAUCGUUUCUCCAUCUCGACCAGAAUCUCUGGAGUAGCUCCUGCUGGAUUCGAACCCGUAUCUCUGAAUGUCUAUGGCUGCUUGAACAUUCGCCACUGUAUGGAUACUUUGUUUAUCUUUGACAGGGUUUGUCAUUGCCAUGGUUUCUGCCAUCAUUGUUAAAACCUUCGUGUCUUGUUUCCAGAUAGGCCACUGGUCUUCAUUGGUGAUCCAUGUAGGUCCUGUAAACCACAGCAUAAUUUCUUGAAAUUUUGUAGCCGGUAUGCCUCUGGUUAGAUGAUCUGUUUGAUUCUCAUGCGUGGGAUAAUAUCGCCAUGUUGCAGUUCCGGUUAAUUUGUUGAUCUCCGUUUCACGUGCACUAACAAAUCUGUUGGUAGCUUCUUUAGAUUCGAGCCAAUGUAAGACAAUCUGGCUGUCGGACCAGUAAUAUGACUUCUGCUGUAUACUUUCCAAAGCCCAAAGCUUGACGAAGAUGUUGUGACAUUGGUGCUCCUGUAACAGCUGCCAUCAGUUCGAGUUUGGGCAAGGUAAGUUGUUUAAGCGGAGCAACUCGGUUCUUCGCCGCUAUCAGCAUUGAUUGGUUUCCUUUACAUAUGUAUGCUGUAAUACCGUAUGUCUUGGUGCUAGAGUCUACGAAGAUAUGUAGACGGUAAGUGUCGUCUGCAACUAUGCUUUUGUCGUCUGCACAAGUGAAAAACCAUCUAGGAAUCUGUAUUUGUGUUGCGCUAUCUAAAUCUGAUGUUAUGGUAAUCCACUUCUGUUGUAAUUCUGUGGGAAGUGGUGUAUCCCAGUCAUAUUUCCGUAUCUCUUGCAGAAAUAUCUUUGCCUUGACCGUCACAGGGCUAAGCAGACCAAGUGAGUCGUAGAUUCGGGAUGUAUUUUCAAAAUUAAGCGUUUUGUAAGCAUAAUCGGGGUUUUGUCUAUUGGUUUCUCUGGAUACGUUAGAAUACCUGCGUCUGGUUUCCAUCUCAUACCAAGUAAUUUCGUAACCUUGUCUUGAUCGAGUAUGUUUAGAUGCAUAGCUUCUUGUCGUAGUUUCUGACUGUUCGAAGUCUAUGACCUGAGUGUGAAUCCCGCUUGUUACAUCGUCUCUCUUGAUUCACGGAAAUAUCUAAAAAUGUCUGAUUCUUGUUCAAAACUUGAUGGAAAGUUGUCUACGUACAAAUCGUUUCUCAAACUGUUGCUGACCCAUUGAUUUCUAUGUGUUUCAAGAGUGUGGCAUUCAGUAUAAAUGGUGAACACACUGCACCAAAGAGAACCGAUUUGAAACGAUAGGUUUUCAGCGAACUAUCUGGAUCACUUGGGUCGGAUAGCCACAUGAAUUUUGUAAUAUCACGGUCAUUCUCAUGAAGGCCAAUAUGAAGAAAGGCUUUUUCUGUGUCUGUUACAACUGCAAAUUUCCUGAGUCGGAAUCGGACCAAUAUGGCUGUUAAGUCAUUCACUUCCGGUGGCGUUGCCAAGAGACAUUCUUUGAGACUCGGAUGAUAACGCGACAUGCGACAGCUACAAUCGAACACGAUGCGUAUCGGUGUAGGAGACGAGUCCUUUUUUCACUGAAUGGUGAGGAAUGUGAUGGAUUCUAUUGUCUGAUAGUAACUGUUUGUAUUUUUUGGAUUAAUUUGUUUUGGGUUGCUUGGUAACUGUUGCUCGUGUACCUCUUCUAUGAAUCCGCUGCGUUCUUGCUCUUUAAUAAUUUUUCCAUACUGUUCCAGAGAUGCUGGUUCCUGGCGUAACCUGUGCACUAAAUUCUGAGUUCGACGUAAAACUGUUUCAUAGUUUGUCGUAGCUCUGGAUGAUCUGGUUUCCAAGGUAACUUACCUUUCACCGGCAUACGUGAUUGAUUGUUCUUGGUACUCUUUCAUAUAGCUUUUCUCUUCUGGUUCAACUUCACUGGAUUGGAUACCCAUGCUUUCUAGAUUUCAAAAUCUUUCAAGGUCGUUGUCUUGCGAUAAGGAAGUUAUGACGUUCAGGGUAAAAUCUGUCACAUGAUUUCCUGCUGCUGGUGCUCGGACCGGGCCGGAAAGCAGAUAUUCAAUUUUCGAUUUAACUGCUGAGGGACCUGAAUCUCGAAUAACUUUAUCUUCUACGAUUUUCCAGUAGAAAUCUGCGCCGAUCAAGAGUUCAACUUCAAAGGUAAUGUCACCAGUUACCAAAUGCGCCAAUCUAAGGCCUCUGAGGUAAGGUAACUGUGUAACAUUGUGACUAUAGUUUUGUAAGGGAACUGCUAUCGUCGGGACUAUGAGUUCAUUCACAGGAACUUUACUUCCGGAUGUGGUUACUAUGGAAACGGUGGCUGUUUCUAAGUGAUGUACUUGGUUGCUCUGACUUCCAAAUGAGGCUAGAUAAAUAAUGUCUGUUCCAGUAGGGGUAAUGUCUAAUUUCUCUGCUAAGCUGUACAUAAUGAAUGAUCUUUGCGAACCUUCAUCAAACAAAAUAUUCGUAUCUACCGUCUGGUUACCUGAAGUGACUGAAGCUAUCGCUGUCUUCAACAGUACAGUACACGUGAGGAAUGCUGCACAGAUAAAGAAUUCAGUACUGAUGUAGAACUGGAAUCAUUAUAGGUUUAUAGAGCUGCAGUGUUUUCUGUAUAAUGUGCGUUUUCUGUACUUUGGCCGGAAUUGUUAUCACUGGGAGGAGUUUUACAUAUACUCGUGUGGAGUUUUUGGUGACAAUUUCUGUAUCUGUUACUGGAUUUGCAACAAUUGAAGCAUAGGCGUUUGGUCUUCACAACAGCCUUUAUAGAUUCAUAGUCUUUGAUUACGUUACAGUUGGUGGACAUGUGGGACUGGCUAGAACAGAAAACACACACCUUUGCAAUAGCUUUCCUGCCUUGUCCUACCUGGGGUAGUGCGUUGCCUUGUCGUCUUGACUGUCGAUUAUUUCGGGUACCAGAACCAACCCUCGGCGAUAUAUGACCAUUUUGUGUCGAUUCGCCGUAAAACCCAACUCACUCACACAAAACCGGAAUCCGUUAAAAGUGAAAAUCGCCGGUCUUUCAUAGUCAGUAACGUCGGUGAUCUGGCCGGCUUCCAUAAUGGUGAGUUCCUCGGCGAUCGCUUUGCGUAAUUCUUGCAGUUGAAUUGUCUUCCCCUUGUACUCUCUAGUAAGAUUCUUUCGCAUUUCGGUAGGCAAUUUGUCAAAUAUCACAGGUACAAACAGUGUUCCAUAACUUUUCUGACAUUCACCAAAUGAUUCAAGACCCCGGAUGUAAUUUUCAAGUUUGUCAUAAUAACUUCGUAAACUUUGGAGUGUGUUAGUGGGUGCAGGAAGUUGUAGUAAGGCUUGCAUAUACGAAUGAGUAAUCUUAUGCACCUGACCAAAACGUUCCUGGAGCAAGUCUAUUGCCUUUGCAUAAUUAGCGUUGAUGAGUGCGAAUCCCUCUAUUGUACUUGCGGCAUCUCCUUCUAGCUGGCACUUGAGGUAAUUAAAUUUUUGUACAUCGGUAAGACUCUGGUUUGUAUGCACUGUAGAGUUAAAUGAGUCCCAGAAUGUUUGCAAGUGUAAAAGCUUACCAUCGAACGUCGGUAAUGAUAAUUUCGAGGUCUGUGAAAAUUGGACGAAUGUGCAGAAAAUGAACUGACCUUAGUCCAUUCCUGCCGGCAGAAUGUUGACAAAUACGAUUCUUAUAGUCUUUGCUGGAUACUCGAAGCAUUCUCCACAGGCUUGUCAGAUCUCCGUCAGGGUGUUUCUCAAGAUCAGUAGUCUUCCCCUCACGAGUUUCACUGUAAGCACGUAAUUCUCGAAUCUUGAUUUCAACUGUCACUGUAUAUCCCUGACUGCUUACUAUUUCUUCCUCGAUAUCAGCAAUUUCAGUCUGCUCCAAUAUCUUGUCAUUCAGCGACUCUAGCGUCUCUAAUUUCUUCAUGAUGGAGUUAAGAA